CCAUUGGUGUAUCUAUAAUAAUAAGCUAUUGUGGGGAGGAGCUAUUUAUAGUUAGUAUGCAUGAGGGUCACAUAUAUAAUAAAAGGAUAUGUUUGUAAAAGCAGGCUAGUUUUUAGCUUGCCACACAAACUUCCUACCAGCUCCAGGUGUCAUUUUCAUGCUGGAGCUUGUGCCGAAUAGAUUUGAGGGGACAAGUUGCCCCAUCAAACAAGCGCGACUCGAAUCGAUAAGAUCAUAAUAUCUACUUUGCACUAUCAUUACUUUCAGCAAAGUAUCUCUCUCGCUCGCAUUCAUUUCGCGUCUAUUCAGGAUAACGACACCUUCGGUAAGAUGAGUCCUAUAAGUUCACUCCAAACCAAAUUCUCUUCAGGUGCUGCUUCUGGAGAAUAUUCUUCCAUUGAGUCGGAAGAAAACUUGAAAUCGCCAACAUGGUCACCUUUGUAUGGGCUGGGAGGGAAGAUAGUUUUUCUCUCCGCAAUACUUAGCCCUAUCUUCUUGCUUCUUCUAGUCUUGAACCUACGCACCUCUUCACGUCCAGAAAAUGAUUAUACGGCCCGUACCAUUCUUGGAGAAAUUCCAUGGAUCCGACGGACUUUCAGUGAAAACGAAAAUUUUCUUCAUAUUGAUCCAUACGAUGGUCAGGCUUGGACUCUCUAUAAAAACAAGAACUUUGAUCCGGAACGUCAAUUUACAUCCUGGGACGAUAUUUAUCCAAGUAAUUUCAUCGCGGUCGAAAAUCCACAACAAUUUGGAUUCCAAGGUGGGGUGGAAUUAAGUGCUGAAGCGCGGAACUCGACCGAUUUUGUGGCUGGAAGUCAGGGAUUUGGAUUGGCUUUUUUGCAUCAGAUACACUGUGUUGGUGUUCUAAAACAUUAUUUGUCAUACGAGAAUCGUAGUGAAAUGACUGCGCAGCAGACCACUCACACAGAUCAUUGCAUAGAAAUCCUAAGACAACUUGUCUUAUGCAAAGCAGACUUGAGUGUGCAGCGUCCAAAGGGGCUUGCCUCUUCUACGAGGUGGCCUUCACAGAAACAGCAUAUUUGUCGUGAUGAAAGAGUUUUGAUGGACGCGAUAUGGAGUCGUGCGAUCGUUAAAGCGGAUGGUGGGUGGAUAUGGCGACAUAGAUAGCGAGUUUCACACACAGGGGAAAUGGCAGCUGUACGCUUCUUCCCACUCUUCUGUUUAUCUGUUCGAUACUUCUUACCACACUGUGCCAACAAUUUGAUCUUCUUCAUUAGAUAAUAAAAAGUACAAAAUAAGGAUGAUGGAACAAUCU